GAGUUAGGACUUCCUUCGCUUCCAGUGCUAUUGAAAUGGGUCGUACUCGCAACUCUGACACCGACACUCAGGAUGCUGCUCAAGAAACUAUCGCUACUAUUGUGGCUCAAGGUAGAACUAAGAAGGCUUCGACUCAGAAAAUGAGGGGAAAAUCCACAAAGGGAGUCCAAGUACCCCAGGUUGAACAAGAAGAAGGCGUGGAGCAUGAUGAUCCAGUACCUCAGGAUCCAGUACCGCCCCCAACAGCAGCUCCGGCUCAGGCAACUAUAUCUCCCGAGGUGGGUCAGAUGUUUAAUGUUGUCAACAGUGCUAUGGAGAUGUUUAAAGCCUUUAUGGCCAACCAGAACGAGAGAAGAGAUGAGAUUCCACCUCAAUCAAAUAGACAAAACAAUUCUGAGUCCUCAAGAAAAGCCCUCCGAGUGAUGAAAGCAUUUGAUGAUGAAGUUGUGGAGCUGGCUGCUUACCAGCUUAGAGAUGUGGUCGGCGCUUGGUUGGCUAAGCAUGCUCCUCACAUGGUUAAGUCAGAAAGAGCAAAGAUUCGCAGGUUUGUUGGCGGUCUAGCUUACCACAUUAAGGAUACGACAUCAGCUGCAGCAGUAGGGAUGACAGUCUUCUCCUCUGUUGUGGGGUUUGCCAAGCACUUAGAAAAAGACAGACAAUAA